AUGAAUGAGCGCCUUAUCUUUCUGGUGACUGUGGGCAUUUGCUGUACUACCCUCAAGACCUCUGCCUGGUCAGUGAACAAUUUCCUGAUGACAGGGCCCAAGGCCUAUCUGACUUAUACAACCAGUGUGGCCCUCGGUGCCCAGAGUGGCAUCGAGGAAUGUAAGUUCCAGUUUGCCUGGGAGCGCUGGAAUUGCCCGGAGAGUGCCCUGCAGAUCUCUACACACAACCGACUGAGGAGUGCUACUAGGGAGACAUCUUUCAUCCAUGCCAUCAGUUCUGCAGGGGUUAUGUAUACCAUCACCAAGAAUUGCAGCAUGGGAGAUUUUGAGAACUGCAGCUGUGAUGAGUCCAACAAUGGAAAAACUGGUGGCCAUGGAUGGAUCUGGGGAGGAUGUAGUGACAAUGUGGAAUUUGGGGAAAGAAUCUCCAAGCUCUUUGUAGAUGGCCUGGAAAAGGGAAAGGACGCCAGAGCUUUGAUGAACCUGCACAACAACAAAGCAGGCAGGCUGGCUGUAAGGGCCACCAUGAAGAGGACUUGUAAGUGCCAUGGCAUCUCUGGCAGCUGCAGCAUCCAGACUUGUUGGCUGCAGUUGGCUGACUUCCGAGAGAUGGGGGAUUACCUGAAGGCCAAGUACAACCAAGCCUUGAAGAUGGAGAUGGACAAGCGCCGGUUCCGGGCCGGGAACAGCGCCGAGAGCCGGUGGGCCCCGGCAGAGGCCUUCUCGCCCAGUGCUGAGGCGGAACUGAUCUUCCUGGAAGAGUCACCCGACUACUGCAUCCGCAACUCCAGCCUGGGUAUCUACGGAACGGAGGGCCGGGAGUGCCUGCAGGGCGGCCGCAACCUGUCCCAGGGGGAGCGGCGCAGCUGCGGGCGCCUGUGCAUGGACUGCGGACUUCGGGUGGAAGAGAGGAGGACCGAGGCGGUCAACAGCUGCAACUGCAGGUUUCAGUGGUGCUGCACGGUCAAGUGUGACCAGUGCUGGCAAGUAGUGACCAAGUACUAUUGCACCCGGGCUCCCGGAGGCUCUCGAGCGCGGACAAAGGGCAGUUCCAGUGCCAGCUAACCCAUUUUCCCCAGCAUGCGGGCUCCAAUAGUCAGAAGGUGACUAGUAAUGCUUCUCUUGGGGAAGGGAAAAGGAAGCCGGUGGUAGCCAGGACAGAGGUCAGAGAUCAGGGCUGAGCAAUAAUUUGUCCAGAGAAGACCAUUUCAGUCAACCUCUGGCUUCCUGCUAAGGAAGUCAUCUCCUACUGAACCCUUGAAGCCUUGGGGUAAGGAAGUCUCUCUUUGUAUAGCCCAAAGUAUUUUCUUUAUUAAGAAAGACCCGGGCUAAGAUCAAAUUCCCUCUCCAGUCUCCAGAAUCACUUGGAGGCAGGUGUUAAGAUUCUACCCUGAUGUUAGACCAAGAAUUCUCUGACAAAAUUCUCCACUUGUUGUACCAUAUGAUGGCUGUCCCCUUGUCUCUGCCCCCUUACUCAUGCAGCUCUGGCGAAGAUGAGGAUCCAGACAGACUUCCAAAGGUUAAUUUUCCCAAGGCCCAGGACGCCUCUCACCUCUGUCUUCAGAGCUCAGAGUUGCAAGGGAGAGAGGGGUGCUGUACUGAUCACUGAAGCCACCUGGACGCUCCACCUAAGUAGUCACAAAGAAAACAGUACUGAGACCAAGCACAAUCUUUGAAGAUAUUUUGUCUUUGGGGGAUUUUAUUUUGUUAAUAGGAGCUUAUAAUGUAUAAUGAGAAAGAUGCCUUUAUAAAAACAAUCCUUAGGAGGCUGGUAUGAAGGGUGGAGCAAGGCAGAAGUGGACCAGAACCAAUUCAACCUAGUUAUGUCCUCAGCCUAACCCAUCUCUUACCUGGGUUAUCCUAGACCUUGGCAGCGAACAUCACAGGCCCAUCAGUAGAGAGCUGGUGGCCACAAUGUACUUUCCCAUCUAGGAUACUUCCUAGGAUCAGCAUAUCUCUUGGGGUGCUGGGAACCCUUUCUGUUUUGUUCUUUCUCCAGAUGAAAAUGUGAGACUUUGUUUUCCAAUA